UAUAUACUUAUCAGUCUGCAUUCAAUCUUCUCCAUCUCUCUACAGAAGUCUCUCUAUUAUUAUCAUAAAUGAAGCUUUAUUGCAUGUUAGCAGUCGGCUUUUGCUUCUUGUUCCUUUGUUUUGUAGACUCUCAAAGAGCUCCAUGGCCUUUCGGUCUGACUGUGUUUUCACUCCUCUCGCUUUUCCCGUUCUUUCUUAAGUCUUGGCUUGUUCCUGGAGGCUUUGCAUGGAGGAACCACCAUGAAAAGUCUCCCCAACUUCGGGGUCCAAUUGGUUGGCCUGUGCUGGGGACUUUACCUGAAAUGGGUUCACUUGCUCAUCGUAAAUUAGCCGCCAUGGCGGCUUCCCUGGGUGCAACUAGACUCAUGGCAUUCAGUCUAGGGGCAACACGCGUGAUCAUCAGUAGCCACCCAGACACUGCGAGGGAAAUCCUAUCAGGGUCUUCAUUUUCUGACCGUCCGAUCAAGGAAUCAGCUCGUUCACUGAUGUUUGAGCGUGCCAUUGGCUUUGCUCCCUCCGGAAAAUACUGGCGUCACCUACGUAGAAUUGCCGCCAAUCACAUGUUCUCCCCAAAGAGAAUCUCGGGAUUAGAGGAGUUACGACAGCGUUUAGCCAAUGAAAUGCUGGUUAAAGUUCGUGAAGACAUGGAGAAGAGAGGAGUUGUGAUACUCAGAGAGAUAUUGCAAAAAGGGUCUUUAAGCAAUAUACUGGAGAGUGUGUUUGGGAGAUGUGAAUCUGUAGAGAGAGAAGAGUUAGGGUUUAUGGUAAAAGAAGGGUACGAGUUAAUAGCAAAGUUCAACUGGGAAGAUUACUUUCCGGUGAGACUUUUGGACUUGUAUGGAGUAAAAAGAAGGUGCCAUGAAUUGGCAAGUAAGGUUAAUACAAUUGUGGGACAAAUUAUUCAAGCAAGAAAACAAAAUCAGACUGAUGAGUUCAAUGGUGGAAAUGACUUCCUUUCUGCAUUGCUCUCUUUGCCUAAAGAAGAUCAGUUGACUGAUACAAAUAUGGUGGCCAUUUUGUGGGAGAUGAUUUUUCGAGGGACAGACACUGUGGCUAUACUGCUUGAAUGGAUCAUGGCGAGGAUAGUUUUACAUCAAGACGUCCAAACAAAAGUUCAACAUGAGAUUGACACGUGCGUCGGCCUUGAAAGGCAGGUGCAGGAUUUUGACAUCCCCAACCUCCCUUACCUUCAAGCCAUUGUCAAAGAAGUUCUACGUCUGCACCCUCCAGGCCCUUUACUCUCCUGGGCACGCCUCGCCAUUCAUGAUGUUCACGUGGACAAAGUUUUUGUGCCAGCUGGCACAACGGCAAUGGUCAACAUGUGGGCCAUAACCCAUGACCCCUCCAUCUGGAAGGACCCAUAUGCUUUCAAGCCUGAACGAUUCAUGGAAAACGACAACAACAACAUGUCUAUCAUGGGUUCGGAUUUAAGGCUUGCACCAUUUGGCUCGGGUCGCAGGGUUUGUCCUGGAAAGGCAUUAGGCUUAGCCACCGUGCAACUGUGGCUUGCCCGGCUUCUCCAUCAGUUCAGGUGGCUUCCGAUGCAGCCCGUUGAUCUCUCGGAGACCUUGAGGCUCUCUCUUGAAAUGAAGAAACCGCUUGCAUGCCGUGCGGUUCCCCGGCUAGCUUAAUGAUUUUGUGAAGCUGUAGCAAAGUGUAAAAAAAUUGUGCAUCCAUGCAAGAGUUGCUCUAAACACUGUAAAAUAUUGGCUUUAAAUGUUGAAACUGAGUUGCUUGAGUUUGAAGAAGUGUAUUUUAAAAGGUAUGUACGUGACAAUUAUAAGCAAUAAACUUAGUCAUAUUGCAAA